CCACUUGCAUUUCUUCUUCUUCUUCGUUACACACCUCCAAAGUCUGCAACUUUUCUCUUCCGAAGAAAACGAAACGAACAAUGCGACUCUAUUAAGAACUACAAAUACAAAACAAAUGGCGUUCGCAGCCACCAGGACGGCAACUACUAACCUCUCUGAAUUGCAUCUCAAAACUUGUUCACCUUCAUCACUCUCACUCACUUCUCCUCAUUCUUCAUCUUCCUCCUCAACGCUCUUCUUCUUUCGCUCUAAACCCCCAUUCCGCACUCUUACACUCACACCCUUCUCUUCUCUUAGAACCUCACAACAACAACAACAACAUACAAAACAGAAUAACCGUUCUUCUUCCACAACAAAACCUAACACCAACACCAGCACCAGCAACCCUUCUGCCCCAUGGCUCGCAAAAACCCCUCCCCCCAAUAAUUCCUCCAAAAGGGUCACCGAAUCUCACACCAACGACCCACUUCAUGAUACAACGGAAAAUCGUUACUUUGACGGUGAUAAGGGGCAAAACGCGGUUGAGAGGAUCGUUCUUCGGUUGAGGAACCUAGGAUUGGCUUCAGAUGAUGAUGACGAAGAAGAAGAAGAAGAAGAAGGAAAAGAAGAGGUCUCAAUUGGUGGUGUUGGUGAUGAUUUUCCGGUGACCGGAGAAGAGAGGCUUGGUGAGCUUCUGAGAAGGGAAUGGAUUAGGCCUGAUGCUAUUGUACGUGAAGAUGAUGGUGUUGGUGAUGAUGAGAUGGUCUUUUUGCCAUGGCAGAGAGAAGUGGAAGAGAGAGAGAUGGGUGCUGCUAAAGAGGGAAGGGAGAAAGGGAUGAGGGAUAAGAGGAGGGUAAAGGCUCCAACUUUGGCGGAGCUGACGCUUGAGGACGAGGUUUUGAGGAGGUUAAGGAGGGAAGGAAUGCGUACUAGGGAGAGGGUUAAUGUCCCUAAAGCUGGGCUCACCAAGGAGGUUAUGGAGAAGAUUCAUGAGAGGUGGAGGAAGGAGGAGCUUGUGAGGCUCAAGUUUCAUGAGGACCUUGCAAGGGACAUGAGAACUGCUCAUGAGAUUGUUGAGCGCCGAACAGGAGGGUUGGUCACAUGGAGGGCAGGUAGUGUUAUGAUGGUUUAUCGUGGUGCUAAUUACCAAGGGCCUUCAUCUGCGGGUCAACACAAUGCAAAAGAAGGUGAUGCUUUUUUUGUACCGGAUGUCUCCUCGAGAACAAAAGACAGUGAUGCAGCCUCAUCAUCGGAGAAGAGUGAGCCUAUUGUGUGGAAUCAAGUACAGCCUGAAAACAUGACAGAGGAGGAAGCGGAGUACAAUGCCCUGCUUGAUAGUUUAGGUCCUCGUUUCAUUGAAUGGUGGGGUACAGGAGUACUUCCUGUUGAUGCUGAUUCACUUCCCCCUACAGUUCCAGGUUACAAAACACCCUUUAGGCUUCUUCCUACUGGAAUGCGUUCUCGACUAACAAAUGCGGAAAUGACCAAUUUAAGGAAACUUGCCAAGACACUUCCUUGUCAUUUUGCCUUAGGGAGAAAUAGACGUCACCAAGGCCUAGCUUGUGCUAUUCUUAAGCUUUGGGAGAAAAGUUUAAUUGCAAAGAUUGCUGUAAAACGUGGUAUCCAGAACACAAACAAUGAACUGAUGGCUGAGGAGAUAAAGACAUUGACCGGAGGUACCUUGCUGCUACGGAAUAAAUAUUACAUUGUUAUAUAUCGUGGGAAGGACUUUGUCCCGACAGCUGUAGCUACAGUCCUAGCUGAAAGACAGGAAUUGACCAAACAGGUACAAGAUGUUGAAGACAAGUUCCGGUCUGGUGUUCUUGAUGCUACUCCAUCAGGGAAAGAUGAAUCAGCAACACCACGAGCAGGAUCUUUAGCAGAGUUCUAUGAAGCUCAGGCACGCUGGGGAAGGGAUAUAUCUACUGAAGAACGGGAGAGGAUGAUGGAGGAAGCUGCCAAAUCCAAGCAAGUCAGGCUAGUCAGACAUAUCGAACAUAAAUUAGCUACCGCUGAGGCAAAAAAACUUAGGGCAGAAAGGCUGUUAGCAAAAAUAGAAGCAUCUAUGGUUCCAGCUGGUCCUGAUUAUGACCAGGAGACAAUCACAGAUGAAGAACGUGUUGUGUUCCGUCGGAUUGGUUUAAGAAUGAAGGCAUAUUUACCACUUGGUAUUCGUGGUGUUUUUGAUGGUGUCGUUGAGAACAUGCAUUUGCAUUGGAAACAUCGGGAGCUUGUAAAAUUGAUAUCAAAACAGAAGACCCUUGCUUUUGUUGAAGAUACAGCAAGGUUACUGGAAUUUGAAAGUGGUGGAAUCCUAGUGGCAAUAGAGAGAGUUCCCAAAGGAUUUGCUCUUAUUUACUAUCGUGGAAAGAAUUAUAAGAGGCCCAUCAUUCUGAGGCCUAAAAACUUACUGACAAAGCAAAAAGCAUUGAAGAGAUCGGUGGCUAUGCAGCGGCAUGAGGCUCUUAGUCAGCAUAUUACUGAGUUGGAGAAAACCAUAGAACAAAUGAAAACAGAACUUGGAAUGCCUCAAGAUCUGGAAGAUGAAGAUAUGCCAAACAUAGAGGACCAUAACCAAAUAGACAAUAGCUCGGAAUUCAGCCAAAGCGAAGAUGAAAAUUUUGAUGGUUUGGAUGAUUAUGAUGACAAUGAACAUGAAGAUGAUGAUUCUGAUGAGGAGCAAGACAUUGAUUGGGAAGAUGAGGAUGACUCUGAGUUUUCUAAAUUAGAAAAUGGUGAACAUCCUUGAAGGCCAUAUGCAAAUUCUUGAAGGCCAUUCGGAAUUUUCAAAAUUAAUUGCAAUGAACUUUGCCAGUGCCUGCAGCUAGAGCGGUAUCAAACUUUGCCAUUUGAUCAUUCAGUUCAUAAGUUUGCGACACUGAUUUUAAUACCUUGCACUGUUUCAUGAUCAAUUUUGGCCUUUGCACAAGUUGAUAAUUUGUUCUUGAUCAGAUGAGGUGUUAAUUUGUUUUUCCCCCCUAGGGGAUUAUUUUGCAAUAAAUCUAGCAACUGUUCCUACUUGUAGAGUGAACGAGUGAUCAUAAGAGGCAGGCUCUCAUAAAACUUGAGUGGUUCUUCCACUUACACAAUCUGAUCUGAAAUUUGGUUUCAGUUUUACAUAAAAAAUUCUACAAGGAUGUGAGUAAAUAUAAUAUUUCAAGAGCACUGUUGUAUAAUUGAGUCUGAAUUUCAUUGUAGAUUACCUGGUUAUUGUAAAUCCUCCUUCAAACCAUAAUUUCUUUUUGUAAUAUGUUAUGCAAUCAUUCAAUGCAGCAAAAGAAUAAUUCCUUUAUUUAAGUUAUGUUGGUACUUAGUGGAUCCGCUGUCAAUGUCAUUUUGUUACCAUUGAAGAAUUUGAUGUAAAUGAAUUUUAUGUAAAUUAUUGAAGCUGAUAUAAGGCCCGAUGGAGUUUUGCAA